AUGGAGGACAAAUACGUCGGUUUGUUUUUGGCGAUCAGCUCGUCCUUUGCAAUUGGGUCGUCUUUUGUCUUGACGAAAAUUGGACUAUUAAAAGAUGGAUCUAGAGGAGAAUCUCUCACGUAUCUCAGAAACCCCAUCUGGAUAGUGGGUACUACUAUGAUGGCAAUAGGAGAAAUUGCCAACUUUGCCGCAUACACAUUUGCACCACCUAUUCUAGUGACACCUCUCGGUGCCCUUUCCGUCAUUAUCGGUGCGGUUUUGGCUUCGGUAUUCUUAAGAGAAAAGCUAGGUGUUUUAGGCAAGUUGGGCUGCGGUAUUUGUCUUUUGGGGUCCAUCAUCAUUGUCCUCCAUGCUCCACCAGACAAAGAAAUUACCACUGUUGAUGAGAUCUUGGCGUACGCUGAAAGACCGUUAUUUUUGGCGUACUUGUUCGUGGUUAGUACAUUUUCCAUUUUUAUGAUCGUCAAGAUUGCACCUAAGUUUGGUUCCAAACACCCUAUGAUUUACAUUUCGAUUUGUUCUGCAGUUGGCUCGAUUUCUGUCUGUGCAAUCAAAGCUUUUGGUAUUGCAUUGAAACUCACUCUCAGUGGCAACAACCAGUUUUCCCAUCCAUCGACUUACAUUUUCAUCAUCACGGUCGUUGUUUGUAUUUUGACACAGAUGAACUAUUUCAACAAGGCUCUUGCUCAAUUUGAUACCUCUAUUGUGAAUCCACUUUACUACGUCACAUUCACCACUGCCACGUUAUGUGCUUCUUUCAUUCUCUUCGGUGGGUUUAACACCGCAUCGAUAGUUGAUGUCAUUUCCUUGUUGUCUGGAUUUUUGAUCAUCUUUAGUGGUGUGUAUCUUCUAGACAUCUCCAGACACAACCCUGAUACCGAAAACCAGCAAUUGUUUUCGAGUAACAGUGAAGGGUUGAACGACAUUCCACUCAACAGUGACUUUUCAGCAUAUCAGUUCAGAAAGUCUAUGGAGAAUGGCAGACCCGACUACGUUGACUUGGAAAACAACGACAAUGUAGUACGCAGCAGAAGGUCGGACAGUUUUGAGAUCUGA